CUACAAUAGCUCAGAAGGGUGUGUUGUCGUAGCGCCUUCACGCAAGACAUCUGGAGUGCCAGCUGGGGCGGUCGUGAAACAAGGUUCCAACCUCGGCAAAGGCUUCACUGCCGAUGAAAUGUUAGUUCGGUCACUCGCGCAACGCUAUAGUGGAAAGUUGCCUCGUUUUUGCGCCUUUUUUCACGUUCCAGAAUCUGAUGCAACUGGUCCUCGUAGUAGUGCUCCUUCAGUUUCCAGCAUGAACAGCGUGAAUGCCUCGUUUAUGACCGCAUUUGGUGGGGAACAUCAACAAAUAAACUACAAUUCUUACAACAACCAGAGCAGUUCAACAUCCCACAAUACAACUACAUCCUCUGACUUGUUGUUUCAAUUUUUCGCCUCCUCACGUUGGCAGAACGGCGAUGGUGUCGGAGGUGGACACAACUUGUGGAUCGUGAAACCCACGAAUGCAAGUCGAGGUAGAGGUAUCCAAGUAGUCAACACCCUAGACGAGAUCGUCCGCAUGGGGAUAGCUGGAGCUGCAAGGGGUUCAUCCCUCCUUCAUAUGGCUGGAGGCACCUUGAGAGGGUCAAGCGUGGCAUCGUUGAGGGAUCGGGGAGGAAGUGGUGAAAUAACAACUGGCAGAAAUAGUCUGGGAAGUGGAGGAUCACAAUUUGGUAGUGGUGGAGGUGGUGCGAACAGUAGUACCAAUAACAAUCAAAGUAGUAACUACAUCAUGGAUCAGGCUGCCUACAAUGCGAUUUAUUACGCCAGCAAUGGCAAUACAAGUAGUAGUAGAGACUCAUCCGCAUCAUCAGUUCCCUACAUUUUCUCACGCAAAGGCCCACUAGCAUUGGACUUUAAAAACCCGACUACAUCUUCCACAAACAACUACCUGACGAGCAACACAGUCCUUCAACAAGGAAAGCAACAACCAGCGCUAGAUUUUUCAUCUUGGAUUGAAGUCUGGCCUGCUAAAAGCGGCGCUGCUGCUGUCUCUGCUGCUCUUCAAGCUGCGUCAAUGUGUGGAGGUCCUGGAGGACUCAGUAGAGGAACUAGCUUUUCAUCCUCUAGCACAACUACACUUGCGUACAGAAAACCCCCAAGUGCAGAUGUGAUGGCUUCACCAGCUGCAAUUCUACAGCAUCUAUACGGAUUCAACGACGCGAACAAGGCAGCAAAUGUCGCGGAUUGCGCUAUCGAAGAUGUUCUUAAUAACUACAGCAAUAGUGCAGCUGGGGAUAAUGCUAGUGCUGCUAAUACUACGAAGAAUACAGCAGGAGUAGCCACGUCUUCAUCCUCUAGUGUAAAAAACGAAGAAGAUGGCGCUGCUGAGACGAGUACCACGUGCACGCUUUCCUCUCCUUCCCCUACUAGACGAAACUCUACUUCAGCAUCCUCGAACAGCAACAACCUGCCAGACUUCCGCUCUCCUACCACGAACGCUAGAGAAAGUCAGUCUGUCCACAAUGUCAUCUGCCAAAAGUAUAUCGAGAAACCGUUGCUCAUCGGCAAGAGGAAGUUCGAUAUUCGCCAAUGGGUCGUCGUCACAGCCUGGGAAUCACCGCGCAAUCUCAGAGCUUGGUACUACGAGGAUUUCUAUCUACGCUUUGGUGCGCGUGAGUAUGACUGCAGCACUUGUGACCCCUACAUUCACCUAACGAACAAUGCAGUAACAAAGCUGUGUCCCGAUUUCGAUGAGCAGGCAAGCAGUGGGGGUGAACAACAACAGCAACAGAUGGGAGGAUCUGAACAGUUAAGGCUGCUCUCACUAUAAUUCAUCUUUGGUCGUAUCGGUAUCAUCUCUGAAGAGUAUAAUUCCACUUGAAUAUUAGGACUCAGUUCUCAGAUGAAGUAGAGAUGCAGCGCAAAGAUGGAUAUUGGACAGCGCUAAAACAGACUAGUAGGGGUUUAAGGACACCACCAGUAUCUCCAACACCAAAAAGGGUCGUAUCUAUGUCAAACACGACUAGUACUGCAUCUCCCAGUAAACCAAGUACGAAGAAGAGUGAGCAAAUAGACAGUACUAUGUGGAGCAGCGCUCAGUUUGAGCGUUAUCUUGAGGAAUUCCACAGUCAUGACGGCGUAGCAGCUGCUCUUGGUAAUCAUCCCAUCAAAUUUGAGGACAUCACACGACAAAUCCGUCAAUACAUGUGGAUCUCUCUGCAUAGUGUGCAGAGACGCGCACCGAAGAGGGAGAAUUCGUUCGAAAUCUACGGGUUCGACUUCAUGGUGGACGCAUUUGGGAAGUGCUGGUUGAUCGAGGUCAACUCAGCACCAGAUUUGAGUUUCUCUACUGCGACUACGAAAAUCCUGGUUUCUGGUCUGAUGGGGGAUGUUGCUCAACUCGUAACGAAGUACGAAACCACUCGCAAUAAAGCGAUGCAAUGGCGCGGAUUGAACAAUGCGGUGAAUCAAGGUCUAGAGAAAAGUUGUGGCAAACUGAAACUGCUGACCGUGAAUUCGUUGCCAGAUCCACAAGACGGUAGACUUUUGGGUUUGGACACGACCUACGUGGCCUACCGCGACGUGCAGAUGUCGACUUCGGCUAAUACCACGUCUGGAGGAGCUGGAGGUGGCGCGCAAACCUGCUCAGGCUCGCAAUUGACUGUGGUAGGUACGACAUCAGUAGGAGGAGGUGGAGGAAGUGGGAUCAUUGGGAGUAAUAGUAGUACAACUGGAGGUGCUGUAUUGGCAACAACAGCGGGCAACGCCAUAACGACUAUUUCAUCUACCUCGACAGGGCCAACCAAAUCGAGCUACAUCGCUGCUGUGAAAAGCAAGGUAGAGACAACUAGAGCUCGUAAUUCAGGAACUUCAUCUGCGACAAAACCCGAAUUGAAUUUAGGACUCGGUAAUGUGAGGGGUGCACCAUCAUCUUCAACAUCUGCAACUCAAAACAAGCCACCACAGCUGAAAAAGACAGCAACGCCACCUGUAGUAGCACCAAACAAAGCAAAUACUUUGUCCAGUGCUUCCAGUACAACAACCACAUCGACGACUAGAAACUCAACAAGUUCCAUCGUUCAACAAAGUAGUAGUACUAAAAACAUUCUAGCCGAUGCUCAUGAGAAGAUGUUCGCUGAUAUGCCUCGUGGGAAAACCGUAGAACAGCGUCGUUUGCAGUACUCCCCAAUGCAUUUCCAUGCGGCAUCGAGUAAAGAUAACUUGCUAACUCCAGGUCUGCAUGGGUCAGUGCUGACAGCUGCUGGCUUUGGAAACACAAACACUGGUUCCACAACUGGAGGUGCAUCUAUUACAUCAAAGACAAAAGCAGGCGAUCAGACGCAAGAAAGGCCAACAUCGGUUCCUACACCAGGGUCGACCACUAUAGCUGAUAUCAACCGUUGCGUAGAAACUAGUCUAGUGCAGAGGGAAUUGAAGAACAAGGCACCAGGGGAAUUGCAGAGCAAGGCACCAGUCGGAACAGCAAGUAAUAUUAAGGGUUGGAAGUUGACCUGUCAUCUAAGAGCAUCUCUAUGGCUUCUUCAAGUAGGAAAGCCAUAGAUAUGCGAGCUGGAGACGCCAACUCUCAACCCCUAAUAAUAAAGUGGGCGCACCUACUGCAGGACGCACGCUUACGAUGGCAAAAAGUGGACCAGGAAGACUAGGAGGAAGCUCAUCCGGCAUUGGCAGUACUGCUCUGCCCUUCGCAACGGUUCGCAAACCAGGCGAGCAAGCUUUUAACUACUAUGCUGAACCAAAAGUAGUAGAUCAUGAAGAUGUUGAAAACGAGACCAGGGAGCAGUCUUUUUCCUUGCCUCCAACAAAAUCAUCAUCUACGGCCUCAACAUCCGCAACUAUGGCAUGGGCAGGUAAGGUGGAACGUCUGAGAGAACUCGUCGCCGCGUCUUCUAGUGCAACUUCUACAUCAACAUCUGAUAGUACCAGCCUUGGCAUGCAGCAAAAAACUAGAAGUGCUUCCACAGAGAAAAUGGCAGACUCUCUCGCUCUGAGUAUCAUUCAAGACGUCAGACAGAAACAGAAGAACGGGUUAGAUGUAGCUUUGUUGAGACGUCAGGUUCGUAAGACGGGACCAUCAUUGCGAUUGGUGAGGGAUCGGAUUUUGACAUCGUCUUCUAGUAGUGCUCCACUUCAACAUGGUGAUAAUAGCAAGAGCACAACCUCCAAGCCAAAUAAGUCGUUGUCGCAAACCAAGCUGGUAGAGGAAAUCGACGCUUUGCUGAAGGAGUUUUGAGUUUCAGUAUACGAGACCUUCAAACUGUUAUUGUUAAGUAGUACGAAGAUACUGUUAUUGUUAUAAGUACAGUAGAAGCAAGCAGAAAUCUCACAUCAUGAAAAUGAAAAUGUAUAGAGAUAGAAGUAGCUAUGAGAAAGAAGAGUAGAAAAUGAAUGAACAUGAAGUAAUUGUGUGACACUGUCCUCUUCGCUACAUCAAACAUCAUGAGAAAGAUCAUAGCGUUAACUACAUCAACCAAAAAACAGCGUUCACAGGCACUCAAAAUAACUCAAGAACCACCGUAAAGAGAUCAAGGGAAUCCAAAGAACAGACUGCUGUCAAUUUAGCGUAUAUCUGUCAUAAAAUUAGUGUACCAAAGACGUGGCUUUUCAAGACUUUUAGAAGUGGGAUAAUUCUAGAAGCUAUAAUGCUAAUAUGUUCUUAUUCUUAACUCCUGUAUGAUAAAGUUGAAAUUUGAUAGAGAAAUUUUUGUGUCCUCGUAGUCUUCAUGAUUUAACAAACUAACAUAGAUUCAAUGUGUUAUUUGCUGUAAGUCACCGUUUUGAGUAUUCGUUGUAUAAGAUCCAGGUCGUUGAUAUAGAAACAUCCUGGACGUCGAUAUUUGUAUAGGUAAAGUGUUGAACAGCCUUCAAGCGCUUGAUCAAAUAUUAUGCGAACCUGCAAAAGAUACAGGUAUUAGAGGAUCUGAACCUCC